AUGAUUGCCAGGGGAGUUAUGCUUGGUGCAGACCAGCCUGUUAUUCUGCAUAUGCUGGAUAUUGAAUUUGCUGCUGAAGCUCUUAAAGGUGUCAAGAUGGAGUUGAUUGAUGCCGCAUUUCCACUUCUCAAGGGUUUGACCCGCCUAGACCACAACAGGGCACUCGGUCAGAUUUCUGAGAGACUUGGUGUCCAAGUUUCUGACGUGAAGAAUGCUAUUAUCUGGGGUAAUCACUCGUCCAGUCAGUACCCUGAUGUUAACCACGCCACUGUGAAGACUCCCAGUGGAGAGAAGCCUGUCCGUGAACUUGUUCAAGAUGAUGAAUGGCUAAAUGGGGAGUUCAUUGCCACUGUCCAGCAGCGUGGUGCCGCAAUCAUCAAAGCGAGGAAGCUCUCCAGUGCUCUCUCUGCUGCCAGCUCAGCUUGUGAUCACAUCCGUGACUGGGUUCUGGGAACCGCCGAGGGAACAUUUGUUUCCAUGGGUGUGUACUCUGAUGGUUCAUACGGUGUGCCUGCUGGUCUUAUCUACUCCUUCCCAGUAACGUGCAGUGGUGGUGAAUGGACAAUUGUUCAAGGGCUCCCGAUCGAUGAGUUCUCGAGGAAGAAGAUGGAUGCGACCGCCCAGGAGCUGUCCGAGGAGAAGGCGCUGGCCUACUCAUGCCUCGCGUAA